AGGCUAAUGCGGUAGCGGAACUCGAGGUGUCGUUUACGGGUCUGUUUCCAGACCGGUGCGACCACAGCCAGUGGGCCGCGGAGAUUUUUCCACCAGUGCUAAAAGUCGCCGGAACAAACAUGGGGAACGCGGAGAGCGGCUACGGAGGAGGCAGCGGCGACGAAGAAGACCUGGAAACGGAGAGCCCCGGCUUCGCGGAAGACAGUCCGGCCUCUGCGGCCACUGGCGGCGGCGGAGGAGGCGGCGCGAGCUCCGGUGCUGGCAGAGGCGGAAGGGGAUCGAGCAGCCUGUCGGCACACACCCGGGGCCCGCCGAGUCCCUCGGUCCUGCUGGAACAAGUCAGGCUGAGGGAAGCAGCGGCUCGGAUUAGCGACUCGGGGGUAGCUAUUCGGGAAUCUGUUCUAGCCGGGAACGAGAGCGUCCUGGUGCGGUGGCUGGAGGACCGGCUAAGCCGAGGAGAAGAGUCCGUCAAUGUGGAACAGUUCUGUGAGAUGUUGGAGAGCAGAGACGCCUCAAGAAUAGAAUGUGAAGAGGCCUUUGCUCAGUUCGAUGCAGAGGGGGAUGGGGUUCUGGAUGUUGAGAGUAUGCUGAUUGCUCUGAAGAACUCCAAUGGAGCUAAUUUACAAGGCGAGCUGAGUCAUGUGAUAAGACAGCUCCAGGCGUGUUCUCUAACUCCAGGUUUUGUUGACAUAUUCUCCAAGACCAAAGACCGUUUAGGGGCGCAUGCCUCUAAGAUCCUCAAAUUUUUACUUAGGAAUCGUAUUCCCAGCAGUGCCAUCCCAUUCCCUAUUUUAGAGGGCUACAACAGUAUCUGCACCAUGAGGUCUACUGUGGUCCAGGACUUCUUGGAGUUCCUUCUGCAGAAGGAGAAAGAUUUGGACAUCCAGUAUAGAUCUGAUCUGAACCGUGACCCAGAGGUGGACAAAGUCAGAGUGGUCACACAGUGUUACAGCACCAUAGAAGCUUCAUCGAAUGCUGCUGACGUAUACAAGAUGACUAAUGGUGAAACCUCAUCUUUCUGGCAGUCAGACGGCAGCGCGCGCACACACUGGAUAAGGUUAAAAAUGAAACCAGAUGUGGUUCUGCGACGCCUGGCCAUUGCUGUUGCUUCCAAUGACCACAGCUAUAUGCCUCAGCUGGUUUCAGUUGCUGUGGGGAAAAACCGUAGUUCCCUGCAGGAGAUCAAAGACAUCCGCAUCCCCGGCAAUGUCACAGGCUAUGUAGCGCUCUUGGAGAACGCCAACAUUACACACCCCUAUAUCCAGAUCAACAUCAAGCGGUGCCUGAGUGAUGGCUGUGACACUCGCGUUCAUGGUUUGAAGACGCUCGGCUACCAGAUUACAAAAAGUAAAGAAUUGUCUGUUUCGGAUGCCUCAGCCAUCUGGUACCUGUCGCUCCUCACCUCCUUGGUCACUGCCUCCAUGGAGACGAACCCGGCGCUGGCCCAGACGGUUCUUCAUAGCACACAAAAAGCCUUACAGCACAUGCCACCGUUGUCCCUAACGCCAUCAUCCACAGACUUCCUGAAGUUCUUCUCCUUGAAUAUCCUGGAAGAGGUGGAUGGAUUUCUUCUGAGAAUAGCAGACUGCUGUGUAAGUCCUGAUGCUGAGUUGACCCUCCUGGCCUUUGCUCUGGCCCGAGGCAGCGUGGCUAAAGUUCUCCAGGCUCUGUCCUCCAUCAGUGAACAUUUAGAGACGACAUACAAGGCCUCCUCUCUCAUCGUCUCCAUGGCUUCUGUCAGGCUGCGGCUACUUUAUCGCAACGGGAAGCCCCUUCAGUUGCAUCUACAGGCCUGUGAUGUAAAGAGUAAAGAAGAAAAAUCAGGAGCAGAAAACAUGCUCACAGAAUCCUCCACUGGAGACGGUUUUCUUACUGAAAGCGGCAAAAAGAAAGCCAGUGUGAUUCUAUCGACAGAGGACCAGAGCACUUUCCAGGUUACGCAGAUGAAGAUCAAAGUUCGGAAAGGAGCGAUCGGCGCAAAAUGCGGCUUGGUGUUUGCAUACAAGGAGGAAGACCCCUUUGAUGCAGAAAAACAUUUUAAGAGGUUCAAAAAGUACGAUUCAUGGGGCUACAAAGACUACAAAGAGUUUGUCCAAGACAAUGUGAGAAUGACGUCUCAGUCCGAGGAUGAGCCGAUUGGCUGGUUUGAGCUUGAGGAUGACUGGAACGAUGUGGACAUCAAACUGCAACAGUGUCGUGUUGCAAAGUUUCUGAUGGUGAAGUUCCUCUGUGCCAGGCAGGAUUCUGCAGAGCGUCUUGGGGUUCAGUCCCUCACCUUCAGUGGUUAUCUGCCCGCUGGGGUAGAGAGGCUGGGACACUUGGAAGAACUCAGCCCAGAGGGCAAGGGCGUCAACCGCAAUGGCAUCACUGGUCUUUGUCUUCUUAAUAAGACCCUGUUUUUCAUCCAGCAACUUACACAAGACAUGGAUGCAUCUCAUUUUAAGCAAAAGUAUCUGCUGGAUUUCACGGGUCUCACCAUGAAGCUGUUCUGGGACUUCUACAGUAAACUUAGGCAGAUUGAAGGAGAAGAGGUGAUGAAGAGCCGAGUUCUGUUGCUUCAGUUGCUGCAGAAUUGUUUCCCUAUGUUGCCUAAUCCAUUGGGGCCACCGAGCCCAGAGAGAAGAGGAGCAGCGGAGAAUGCCGCGGCAGCCUGUCCGUCCACGUUCAGCGGUGAUGAGGCUCAGACAGACCCUGCUCAGGCUGUCUGGGAUCUUUACGCUCACCUGUGCCACAUUGUGGACAGUCCAGAAGGUGAGACCUUUGUGGAGAAAGCUUUACACAAGGAAGCCAUCAAGUCCAUUUUUAGUGGAGCAGCUGUUUUCUUCCCUGAUAAUCUCGUCAGGCGGGACAAACUCUUCCACAUGAUGAAAAAUAUCACAGAAGAUGAUCAACCAGAGUCAGUAAAGGUGACGUUUGAGUCGCUGUGUAAUUACUUCAGUGAUCAGGAUCCAAGUGGUCUUUUGCUGCUCCCUCCAAAAGGAGCUCCAUCAGACUUUGACAUCAGCCCGAUCCUCUCAGUCAUGGAGACGGUCCUCCUGGUGGCCACGAGAGAGUGUGAGGUAAUGAUGAGGUGUGAAACUGUUGGAACCAGUAGGACGGUGCUGCUCUCCUUGUUCUGGGCUCUGCAGGACAGUCUGUUCUCCUGGUGCUACCUACAGCUCAAAGGAGGAGCCUCCACUAAGGUUUCUAUGGAGCAGGCCAGAGACAUCCUCAUAAAAUAUGUGGGUCAGUUCUUGGGAAGUAUCAAGACUACACUUGGAUCUCUGCGUAAAACCUGCACUGGUGCUGAAAUUACAGAGAAGCUGGGCACCUCCAUUCUGGCUACAGUCUUCAGACAAAUGAUGAUCUUCCUUUUGGAGCUGUGCUCUUUGGAUAUUCCUCACAGUGUGCUGCUGAAGAGCUUCUCUUCUCUAAUAGAGCUCCUGAAAACCCUGUCCAGUGAUACUGGAGACGUCUUUUCAAAGGCGGAUCAAGAAGGAUCCCAGCAGCUCCAGAAACCAGUGGUGCUGAGGACUUGGAACAUGGAGUCCUCUCACAACUAUGACAACAGCCGCCACGAGACCACCAUGUUUGCCUGCCCUGGUGCUACCAGCUUUGAGGUGGAGUUUGAUGAACGCUGUGAGACGGAGAAAAGGUAUGACUACCUAGAGUUCACAGAUUCCAGAGGAGGGAAGGUCCGAUAUGACACCAAGGUUGGAACAGAGAAGUGGCCAAAGAAAGUAACAUUUGACGCUGGUCCUCAGCUUCAGUUCCUCUUCCACUCUGACAGCAGUAACAAUGAGUGGGGUUAUAAGUUCACCGUAACAGCUCUAGGUUUGCCAGACAUCACCAUUUCCUGGACAUCGGACCUUCAGUUGAUGGUAGCUCGUCUCCUUGGCCGUCUUGCCUCGAGAACCCUCGCCUUGAAAUCUCCUCAUGAGAUACGCAUUGUAAAGGAGCUUCCACCAGGGAAAAUGUCCCAUGUUCAGUCUUCUCCUUUAUGGAGACCCAUCCUGCGACACGGGUUGUGUGAAAGGUUGGAUGUGCAUCAGACUAACACACACUUAGACCGGGCAAAGAGUUGGACUUCUGAUGAGUUAAUGAGCUUUCUGGAGGACUUUGCCCUCUGGAAUCCUGCCCAGGAACCUACUGAUAGCAGAACAGAGCUGAUGAAGACCAUCAUGCAGUCCUGUAGAAACCACCCACUAAGGAAUGAGAUCAUUGCUGCACCAAAGACUGACCAGGCUGUGAAUGCAAUUUGGGCAGCCAUGGUGUACCACACACCAGCCCUAAAUCAAGUCCUAAAGAACUAUGUUAAUCAGGACUGCAGCUCGUGUCUAAGUGAAGACUUUGUGCAGGUGUACUUGCUUGCAGACAGCAUCAGAACAUGGAUGUUGGAGAUCAAGCAGCGAUACCUGGUUGGUAAAUUGAAUGUCCCUGAUGAGAAGGAAGAGGGUCCUGAUGAAGUUACUACAGAUACACUUGCGGAGAUGUGCGUUGAGAAGAGCCUCUUGCUGUUCAGAUUUGCUCCUUGUGGAGCAUUAUGCCAGGACAGUGACUCUUCCAAAGCAGCAGAAGGCAACAGAACUCCUCUUUUUCGUUCAAGUUCGAUCUCAGAAGGGGAUUUCCAGCCCAGUCCUUCUCUGGGAUCUCAAACAGCAGGAUCUGAGGAAGGCACUAGGAGCAAGAUCACAGAAACAGGUGGGAGUCAGCACUCCAGUACUCAGGCCCAAAACUUAACUUGUAACGUGCACAAAGACUCCACGGAGAGCCUCUCCUUCCAGCCAGCUGAGCCAGCCUCUCCCUCCAGUUUCCCUCGUAAAGCCCCUUUAAGUCGGGCGCGCCUGCGCCUCUUGUCCUGCCGCUCUAUAGAAGAUUCUCGAAUGACUGUCUCUGUAAAGGAUCGCUACCCAAUACUCAAACACAUCCUGAACUUCAUAAAGGACCAGGGUCUGACCACAGCAAGCAUUGUGCAAACCCUGUCCCUGAACACAGCCCAGGCUCUGAGUGUCUGCAAGGUCCUGGAGAUGGUUCAACAGUGUUUACAUUCCCUGGGAAGGCCACACCUCUUUCAAGCUCCCUGUAUACUCUUCCUGCAGGAGUUACUGGCAUGCCAAAAAGACUUCAUGAGUUAUUUCUCACAGCUGUCAUACAGCGGCCAAAAGCUGGGUGAGGAGGUGAGGCGUUCCUACCAUCAGUUGGUGCUCAUGCUGGUGGAGGCAGUACAAGGUUUCAGCAGCCUCAACGAAAAAGCCCUGCUACCAGCUCUGUCCUGUGUGCAGACCUGCUUAUUGCACCUUCUGGACGUGAGUUGGGACAUACAAGAUCUUCCUUUCUUUGUGAAGAUUAAGCUUCCUGACCUCCUGCUCAACAUGUCCCAGGAGAACAUCAGUGUUCAUGAUAUUGCCAUCAGUCAGUGGACGGAGGAGGACGAAAUCGCUGACUACAAAAAGAACCAGGAGUGGAUGGAUGAGUGUAUGGAUUCGAUGUUUGAGAAGUGGUAUGAAAAAAUCGAUGAGGAGGAAUCUUCAGAGGACAAGAGGAAGAUGCACAUGUUCAUAGCACGCUACUGCGACCUGCUCAGUGUCUCGAUCUCCUGUGACAGCUGUAAGAGGAUGGCAUAUUGGCACCGCUACAGAUGUCUGCAGUGCAUGGAUAUGGACCUGUGCAAAACCUGCUUCCUCAGCGGUGCCAAACCUGAGGGACAUGAGGACGACCAUGAGAUGGUGAACAUGGAGUACGCCUGCGAUCACUGCCAGGGGCUUAUUGUCGGCAGCAGAAUCAACUGCAACGUGUGUGAAGACUUUGACCUGUGCUUUGGUUGCUACAGUGCGAAAAAGUAUCCAGACAGUCACCUGCCAACUCAUCGCAUCACUGUGUAUCCCAUGGUUACCAUACGAAUCAGCGACCGCCACCGUCUAAUCCAGCCCUACAUCCACAACUACUCAUGGCUGCUGUUUGCCGCUUUGGCUCUCUACACGUCAGACCUGAGCAGUGAGAAGCAGAGUGAAGGAGAGUCUUUGGACGCUGACAUGUUGGAACAGACCUCGGCCCUGCAGACGCACUGCUCUCAGCUCAUCACUGAUUGCUUACUCAAGGGAAAAACUGGCAGAGGUCUACGGUCUUCAGCCCUGCUCGCUCUGCUUUCCUCCAACGAAUCAGCUUCUGAUAGUGAGCUGUGUCCACUGUCUCCUGAAACCUCCCAGGAGCUCAGUACGACCACGGACACCUCCUCUCUCCCUGUCAGCACUGCAGCAAUCUGCUCUCCAUCAUCUCCCAGAGACCGGAAUAAACCAUCAAGGAAGGAAGACUAUGCAAAGGAGGCGGACUCUGCUCCCCCAGUUCCAUCAGAGAUGUUACCUAUCUCAAGCACCGGAGAGGAAGAUAAACAGAAGCUGGUGACCCAAGACACCUUGGAGUCCCCCAGCCUCAGUCAGACGCCGUCAGUGUCCAGUGAGGACACGCUGUCUCCUCUUGUCCGACAAUCUGGUCCAGACGUCGUCAGCUCUCCAGCAUCUGAUGUCAUCAAAGAGCCAGAUCUCCCCCAAGUUCCACUCCAGGAGCACGUGUUUUCAGAAUGCUCCAGAGAGAGGAUCCUGGGACUGCUAGCAGCCAUGCUGCCACCAGCAACACCGGACAGCACCCUGUCCCUGCCCAGUCUGAACACCAUCCUGCCUCAGCUUUUCAGAGCAGUCAUUUCCAACGCUGGCUCUCUUAACGAGACCUACCACCUCAAGCUGGGACUACUGGGACAGCUGUUGCUCCGAAUCCCUCCAACGGAGGCCGAUGCCGCGGUUGCGGUGGCGCUGGCCGACAAAUAUGAGUUGCUGGCACAAGGAGAAGCAGCUGAAUCAGACACACACGGCUGGAAGACCACCCAGCUGCUCUUCAGCCUCGGAGCAGUCUGCUUAGACAGUCGCAUUGGUCUGGAUUGGGCUUGCACAGUAGCAGAUAUUCUGCACAGUCUGAACAGCUGUCCCAAGUGGAGAGCAGUCAUCGCUGCCUUCACUGACCAUUGUUUUCAACAGCUGCCACACACCCUCAAACGCACCAACCUGUUCAGCCUGCUGGUGCUGGUCGGCUUCCCUGAGGUGCUGUGUGUGGGCACUCAGUCCGUGUUUAUUGAUAACGCCAAUGAGCCACACCAGAUGAUUUUACUCAAACACUUAACAGAAAAGAACCAUGCUGCCGUGGUGGAUUGUAAAACACGCAAGAGGAAAACGGUGAAGGACUACCAACUGAUUCAGUCUCAGGAUUCUAACACAGGACCGUCAGAAGGUCAAGGCUCCCAGAAGGCCCUACUCAGCCGCUAUCUGACCAAUUUCACCUCCAUCAUCAGCCACUUACUGCUGACCAGCCAGGAGAACAGCUCCCCUGAAGCUGUUGAGGCUUCCUGGGUACUGUCUUUGGCCCUGAAAGGCCUCUACAACACACUCAAGAAGCAUGGGGUGGAACAAGCCCAUCAGGCCAUCCAGCAAUCUGGUUUAAUCCAGCUGUUGGUGAGAAAGUGCAGCAAAGGGACAGGCUUCAGCAAACUCUGGUUGCUGCGUGAUCUGGAAAUCCUUUCCAUCAUGCUUUACUCCUCCAAACGUGAGAUUCAUUCCAUGGCCCAGGAUCCUGAGCGAGACGAAAGAGAACAGGAGAAGGAGCAUGAUUCGGACCACUCGAGCAGCUGUGCUGACAACUCCGACGUCAGCAGAGUCGACCCCCUUGAAGGUCUUGAUGAGCAGACAAAGCUUUGCUUCCAGAUCACCAGUGAUGCCUUAAACGCUCCCUUGUCUAUCCUGCGAGCUAUGUAUGAGUUGCAGAUGAAGAGGACUGACUCCUUCUUUCUGGAAGUGCAGAAGAGAUUUGAUGGAGAAGAGAUAAAAACAGAUGAAGCAAUCCGUACACUGGCCCAGAAGUGGCAGCCAGCCAAGGAGCCUUGCACUGACGAGAGGAACACCAAGGCAGUGGACACGGACAUGAUCGUGGUGUCGUGUGUGUCUAAACCCACUCGCUGUGAAAAGGCCACAGAGGAGCUCAACUCCAUGGCCCAGAAGCUGAUCACUAAUUCUGAGAGCGACCUGCAGCUCAGCUAUGCCAAACAGAGACGCACCAAAAGCUCAGCGCUCUUGCACAAGGAACUGGACGUGCGCAGCAAUCGGUCCGUCCGUCAGUACCUGGUAAAAGUCAACCAGGCUAUCGCCACUCUGUACUCCCGCCAUGUGUUGGCCUUGCUGCUGGCCGACUGGCCUGCAGAGGCAGCGCUGAGCGAGGAGGCUGUGGAACUGAACGGCGCCACCCACAUGGCCUACAUUCUGGACAUGCUCAUGCAGCUGGAGGAGAGGCCGCUGUGGGAAAAGAUUCUGCAGAGAGUAUUGAAGGGCUGCAGUCAGAGUAUGCUGCGCAGUCUGUCCCUAACCGCGUGUCAAUUCAUGGAGGAACCAGGUAUGGACGUGCAGGUCAGAGAGUCCAAACACCCCUAUGAGAACAACACAAACUUUGAGGACAAGGUGCACAUUCCAGGAGCCAUCUACCUGUCGGUCAAGUUCGACCCCUGCUGCUACACAGAGGAAGGCUGCGACGAGCUUACCAUGUCCAGCAGCAGCGAUUUCCUCCAAGACCUGCACAACUUCAGCGGCUCGCCCCAGAAGUGGUGUGACUUUGAGAUCCCUGGAGAUACACUUUACUACAGGUUUAUGUCAGACAUGAGUAACACUGAGUGGGGCUACAAGUUCACGGUUACCGGAGGACACAGAGGGCAUUUCCAAACAGGUUUUGAAAUACUGAAGCAAAUGUUAACUGAUGACCAAGUGCUCAGUCACCUGCCAUUGACUGAUAUCUGGGAGUGGCAGGUUGGCGUGGCCUGUCGUCAGACUGGGAACCAACGGCUCCGAGCCAUUCAUUUGUUGCUCCGCAUUCUGCAGCGUGAAUCUCACACAGCAUGUGAGCUGACAUUGCUACGACCUUUGUGGGAACUCUUUAUGUUGAUGGAAAGUACCCCGAGUCAGGAUCCAACCUGCAUUACUGUACUGCUGCCUCUUCAUAGAGCUCUUACCGAAUUGUUCUUCAUUGCAGAGGCCCGGGCCAUCGCUCAGGACACCGCGCAGGAGUACCUAUUAGCCAUGACCACUGACGAGCAGCUCCUCAAUCACAUGGCAAAGGCUCUGAAGAACGUUGCUGCCAUCAGCCUGGCCAUCAGUUACCCGAAUAAAUCCACAAAGCUGCUCAAUAUGUCGCUGUGAGAGACCCACAGACGUCCCGACUCGGCUCCAACAAAGCGAUGACGGAGCUGAAGCUUCCCAAAUCGUCAUCCAGUGCUUUCCGCACGUUCACGCUCUGCCGCUCGCCGGACGCGAGCGGUGGACUGCAGCUCAGAGCACCCUUUCUGCUUUUACCCACAAUCCUCUUUGCCUUAGUGAAUCCAAUAUAUCAGUAUGUGCUUUCAUCACUUAGUCUUUUUUGUUUUUUAUUCUUAUUUUGAACAUUUACUUGAAGAUGCUGUGCUGCAGGACACGAGGCGUGCCAAAUUCACUUUUCCCCUCCUCAAACCACGACCACUCUGCAGUUGAUCACGGUGAAAGCGAGUCACCUUGGCAACUCGCAUUUCUCAGUGGACACGUUAGUUUCCUAAAAAUACUGUCCAGGCCAGCAGAGUGUCAUUAGUCACCACAGAGAGAGAGUAGUGACCUACUAACUCAUGCUUCCUCUUUGCCUCCUUUUCUCCUGUGCACAUUCCUUCAUUGGUUUCUCAGAACAGAAAGACAGGUGGGGACACUUCAGGGUUCACGUUCAGCGGUAGACUCGGCUUCCUUCGUCACAAACGCUUUAAACGUGCACCACGUCACGCAGCGGUUACCUGCAGGCUUCUGUGCCGCGGCGCCGCGCAGCUUGCCAAAAACUCACUGACAGAUGAUGCUGCCGAUACUCAGUCUUUGCAUAGGAAUAGGACAAACUUCUGCACAGUGUUCCUCCACAUUACUCACCAACUGCUGAGAUUACUCAGUACCACUUUGCAGUAAGGGUACACUCAUACAGUCAUAAGCAUUAACUCAUAGUUACUUAAGACUUUACCUUCUUUAGUUAUGAUUUAUUAAUAUGUGCGCUAACUAAGAUGCUAAUUUAAUUUGUAAAGAUGCUGAACUCUAGUUACAAAAUGCACUUGACUCUUAAUUAACUGAUAAAGCUUAUUACUGUGUUUAUUAUUAAACACAGGUCACUGUUACCAGUUACUGCAUUUACUAACAUGAUCACACUAAUGAACCAUUAAGAUUACACUGCGUUAACUAACGUGAACACGAUACAUGAUUACUGAACACGCUUAAUUCUUAAUUAACUGUUAAUGCUUUUUACGGCAUUAACUAACAUCACAUUAAUGAACCAUUAAGAUUACACUGUGUUAACUAACGUGAACACAAUAAAUGAUUACCAAACAAUUAAUUCUUAAUUAAAUUCUUAAUCAACUGUUAGUUAAUGCUUUUUACUGCAUUAACUAACAUGAUGACAUGAAUGAACCAUUAAGAUUACAGUGUGUUAACCAACAUGAACACGAUAAAUGAUUACUAAACACAAUUAAUUCUUAAUUAAAUUCUUAAUUAACUGUUAGUUAAUGCUUUUUACAGCAUUCACUAACAUGAUGACAUUAGUGAACCAUUAAGAUUACACUGUGUUAACUAAUGUGAACAUGAUAAAUGAUUACUAAACACAAUUAAUUCUUAAUUAAAUUCUUAAACUGUUAGUUAAUGCUUUUUACUGCAUUAACUAACAUGAGCGCAUUCAUUACUAAACACAGUUGAUUCUUAAUUAAUUGUUAGUUAAUGCUUUUUACUGCUGUCAGUUAAUGUCCCCUUACUGUAAAGUGUUACAGUUUUUUCUCAUGUUUAUGGAAAUGAAUAAUGACAACAACAAAAAAGCCCUUCAGUUUUAUGUAUUUAUUUCAGGGGGAGAUUUUCUAACUUUUGCAGAGACAUUUGAACAUGUCAAACGCCACUCGUACCCACUGAAUCGCUGACAUGACGCGUUCCCGCUCACGUCACAUCAGACAUCAGCAAGCACACAGGUGACGGUGCAACACUUGUAGAACUUAACUAAUACGUUGUACUAUGGUAACUCCAGAUAUUUGGUGUGACUGUUUCUGUCGUCUUUAAACUGACGUCUGUGUGCCCUUGAGCACAACAUCCUGAAAAUAUCCACAGUCUUCACUUGUAAUCCAUCUGAACCUAAACCUUAUUUUUCAUGUGAAGGUGGGGCUUCUUUAUCACUCCUAUUAUUUUCAAAUGAAGAAUCAUUUUUUUCUGUCUUGUGGAGUGACUGGUUUAUGCCAAAGAAACCAAAUUUUGUGAGCCAUGAAACGUCUGUAAAUGAGCUCCUGGUAGAGUUCCUUCUGUUUUUCAUGUGGCAGCCGCAGCAGAGGAUAAUCUGUCCACUUUAUUAUUAUUAUUAUUAUUGAAGUCAUUGCUGGUUUUGUUUACACAAGCAUAAACAGUGAAAAGUUCCAUUUCCGAUGCCUCACCAAACGACGACGUGCCUACGGUUAAAUCUGAAGCAAUCAUAAUUUAACUCCAAGUGGAAUAAUUCUAUUUUAAGAGAUUUGUUUAAUUUGAAGUUUUUUCUAACUUUUUACUUUUAAUGUGCUUCUUUGUUGCGAGGAUGCUUGAUAAUGGAGGCUGACUAAUUUGAAUGUAAAUAUGGUAUCUGUGAAUAUGAAGACUUUGAUAUUAACCCCUUAAAAAUAUCGCCUUUAUUCACGAACAGAUGGACACUUUGAUUCUGAUUUUGUACGCAUGACACAUCAGCGGAAAGCUAAAAACGGUUGGCUUGGGUUGAAAUGUGAUUGAUUUCUAAUUAAAAUAAAAGUGAAUAU